AUGGGCCCAGAAAGUAGCCUUAAAUUGUUCUCCGAGUCCUACGAAGAGGCCUUUAGAAAGUCGGCAAAGAGUGGUUUCUUCUUCUAGUGCCUCUAGUUUGCAAAGCCGGCCAAACAACAAUCCUUGGUGUGCGUCAACUGGCUUUCAGUCUGGGAGAGGUUUGUAUUUUAAACUAGUAAGCACGUCAACGUUACGAUCAAAUAAUUCUAUGGUCGUACGCAGUUCCUUUGACCGUAAAACAAAUUCUCCAUUGAACAAUCUUGUUCGGUCCAGCUGACUGGAUGUUGACCUCUUUUUUUUUCGUUUUUGUUGACCCUCACGCUUGGUGAAUAUCGCGUUUAUUACCCUCACGCUUGGUGAGUAACGCGUAUUAUACCCUCAUGCUUGGUAAAUAUUGCGUAUAUUGCCUUUGGCGCCAUUUGAACGGUUAACACAGGUUGACUUCUUAACUCAGGUUUGAUCAUCCCAAGGUGCGGAUUUUUUUUUUCAUUGGUUUUGAAGAUCUAUGCGUAUACAGUACUACCCGUCCGAUUCGUCAGAUGACAACGAUUUCAAUUUUUUGUUAUAAUUUACAGGCCAUUCUCCUAACUGGGAUGCAAGUUGGAUCUCGGACAGUAAUCCUAAACCUCGCUCGACUUCUUCCCCACCUGCAUUUUCACAAGGAACUGGGCAAGAGUCAAGAAUGAACCAGGAGCAUCGGCAAGCACGAGGGAGGGGAGGCAGAGGAAGAAAUUCCCGAGGGGGACGCGGUUGGGAUCAGGGUUAUCAACGAAGUGUCAGCGAUUCAAAGUAUGCGGCAAAGAGCGCGCACUUUCAAGACACCAAAAGGGUGAAUGAGCGUACGAUUGCUAGUGAAGGAGGUUUGCGGAAUACUUCAAGAAAGGGCAGAGACUCUUCUAGCAAACGCUUAGAACGGAACGGUAAAACUCACACUCGGGAUAGUGGAGCUGCUAGUAGAGAGACAAAUAGUUCUGAUAGUUCUACGCGUAGCGAAAGGGGAGAAAGCAGCAUUGGAAGUGUAAAUAGUAACGACAGCGGUGCU